AUGGCUCCAAAAGGUUUAGGAAAAUUAUUAAAGAAGCGAGAAUCACAAAUAGCACGGCUUGAUCAAUUUAAAACAUACUUAGAUAAUUUUACGCGUUUGUUAAAUGGGGGUUCAGUAGCGGGUAUAGAAGAGGAGCGUAUAAUUGAACUAGAGUUAAGAUUAGAAAGGCAAGUUGUUUUAUUUCAUGAAUUUGAACAAUUACAAGAGGAAAUCGAAAGUGCAGUUGAUUUUAUUGAUGAUCAGUUAAUUAAACAACGCGAUGAGUUUACAAAUAAUCAUUAUAGUCUCUCAGCCAUAAGCAAAAGGUAUUUAGGAGCAUUUUAUGAUGCAAAAAACCAACAACUUGCCUCUCAAUCAGGAUCAAUUAAUAACCGACAAUCUUAUCAUGCGGAAGACGUCUCUAUCGCGAAUGUUAGGCUUCCUCAGAUAAAUUUACCGUCCUACUCAGGAAGUUACGAAAGCUGGUUAGAGUACAGAGACACGUUCCAUAGUCUUAUACAUUCAAAUGCAUCCAUUAGUAACAUUCAGAAGUACCAUUACCUGCGUGCAUCCUUGAAGGGCGGCGCUGCACAAGUAAUCCGAUCUAUUGAAUUCUCUGCUUCCAAUUAUACAGUGGCGUGGGAAACACUAUUAAAUAGGUAUAACAACGACAAUUUAUUAAUUCACAACCACGUCAAAGCUAUAUUUGAUAUCCCAAAUAUACAACAAGAAUCGGCAGCUGAACUCAGGCAAAUGUUAGACAGCUUGUCAAAACAUUUAAGGUCAUUACAAAAUUUAAACCAACCAACAGAACAUUGGGAUACUCUUUUGAUAUACAUUUUAUCCAAUAAAUUAGACAAAACAACGGCCAGGGAAUGGGAAGAAAGCAAGGUCAAAUGCGAAAGCCAAACGUCAUCCAACAACAAAUCGGUGCCACCUACUCUGGAAGAGUUUGCAUCUUUUAUUAGAAAAAGAGCAGAUCUAUUGGAAACGCUAUCCUUAACAAAGGAAACAAAAGGGAACAAAUCGAGGGUAUCUUAUCAUAAUCAAGCAGGUGAAAACCAAGGUAAGGAUAAUAUUAAACAAGUUUCUUGUAUUUAUUGUAAACAGAGUCAACAUUUUAUACAGGGUUGUCCGGAAUUUCUUAACUUAUCGAUAGAGCAAAGAACACAGGCAGUAAAUAAACAUCAUCUUUGCGUAAACUGUCUGCGAAACAAUCACAAUGUAAGGCGUUGUUUUGCAGGCCCUUGUCGAAAGUGUGGUCAACGUCAUAAUACACUGCUUCAUGUAGACAAAACCAAUACAUCCGUAAAUCAUGUGUCUUCUGUCUCGAAUGUUCCUCAUCACUCUUCUCAAGUGAUAAACGAAAGUAUUCCUUUACAAACUCUUUCUUAUUGUCAGAAAUCAAGCGAACCGAAAGUGCUUCUCUCAACAGUUCUAGUUAAUGUUGAAGAUAGAUUUGGAAAUUUGCAAAUGUGUCGAGUCCUCUUAGACUCAGGGUCUCAGUCAAACUUUAUAACUAGUGAUACUGUUAAAAAACUAGGUUUAACCACAUCUAAGGUAGACAUAUCCGUGACAGGUAUCAAUCAAACUACCUCAAUUAUAAACCGAAAGUGCCAAGUCGCAAUUAAAUCUACCCAAAAUUCGUUUUACUUAAAUCUAACUUGUCUUGUCGUACCUAAAAUAAACGAAAGUUUACCAAAUCAUCCCAUAGACACUUCGGCAUGGAAUAUUCCCUCCAAUGUGGUUCUUGCGGAUCCUACCUUUGAUCAAGUUACUAAUGUUGAUAUGUUGAUUGGAGCAGAGUAUUUCUAUAGCCUAAUAAGCAUCGGUCAAAUUAAACUGGGUAAAGGCUUACCUGUCCUCCAAAAAACUGUUUUUGGAUGGGUGGUGUCAGGGCCAGUUCAUACCGGUCAAACUCAAAAUGUACAUUGUCACUUAAGCACAAGUGACACUGACGAAGAUAUUCAUAACUGUAUUCCCCCCUCUAUCCCGACAUAUCUGCACAUGUUCCUUCACGCACAAAAACGGUGCGGUAUGGCCCUUCGUAGGGCCAGGUGUAUGUGGAAGGUGGCUGCCAUCCAACAAGGCACCGAGCGAGGGGUCGAGGGAAUAGCUGCCGCCCCAUCUGGAGGGUGCCCUUGUCCUGUGCCCUUCUAUUACACCGCUCUCUUUCCAUUUCAUAUGCGUCGUAUCGCUUUGUCUUUGUCCAACGCUGUAUGUCUGUGCGUAUCGUAA